AUGGCGCAGGAGUCUUUCCCUCGCCUUUUGGUAAGUUCCCGAUGGUCACAAGCCGUCAAGAGAGGAACCUGCGCCGUUGGCGUUAAAGGGACCUCCAUCGUUGUUCUCGGCUGCGAGAAACGCUCUGCUAUGAAACUUCAAGAUACACGUAUCACCCCGAGCAAAAUCGGCCUCGUGGAUAACCAUGUUUGUCUUGCUUUCGCCGGAUUAAACGCUGAUGCCCGUAUUCUCGUCGACAAGGCAAGACUGGAGGCACAAUCUCAUCGUCUAACUGUAGAGGACCCUGUCACUAUCGAGUAUAUCACAAAAUACGUUGCCGGUGUCCAGCAGAGGUACACACAGAGUGGCGGUGUCAGGCCUUUUGGUAUUAGUACGCUUAUCAUUGGUUUUGAUCCUAACGACAAAAUUCCGAGACUUUAUCAGACCGAGCCGUCAGGCAUUUAUUCUGCGUGGAAAGCAAAUGCCAUUGGUAGGUCUAGCAAGACGGUCAGAGAGUUUUUGGAGAGGAAUUACAAGGAGGAUAUGGAUCGCGAGGAGACUGUAAAACUCACAGUCAAGUCGCUCCUGGAGGUGGUUCAAACUGGUGCUAAGAAUAUUGAAAUUGCUAUCAUGGAGCCAGGGAAGGAGAUGGAGAUGAUGACUAUCGAGGAUAUCGAGGGCUAUGUCAAGGAUAUCGAAAAGGAGAAGCAGGAGGAGGCUGCGAGGAAGAAGACUCGUGGUGGCGGUCAGUCAUCGUCGGCAGGAGGUGCGGCUUCAGGCACUUCGUCUUCAUAGAAACUAGGGAUAGACGGGGGUAAAUUAAACAAAAUAUUUGUUAA